CUAUGAGAAAAACGACCACUUUUUCGCUUUUUUUUAUGCAUUUACACGCGUUUUGGGCUGAAAAUGCGUGUAAACGCACCAUAAGGGCGAAAAAUGGGCGUUUUUCGCUCACAGUCAGGAACCCCGAUUGUCAUCCAAACACGCCCACUUUUUCUAGAUUUUUCGUCUUUUUUUGUGCGCUUAAACGUGUUUUCGAAAAAGUUUGUCUGCUUGGGUGAACACCAGACAACGCAUUUCCUAUUUUUCUUAGUCUUCCACGUCGUUUCUGAAAAUUUUGUAAUUUUGCUGGGUCUGUUACAAUAUGAUAACCAAGAUGCAUCAUUAAGCCGAUAGCAUGCUUACAUACAUAUGUUACAAACAUAUAGACGUAUGUCACAAGCGAUAUCUGUCAGGAUAACUUAUGUUCAUCUCUAAUUCUACUAUUAAAUUUUCUCGCACACAAAUCGGGCACAUAUCUAUCUCCGGGCACAAAAGUGUAAAAAGAUUUUUUUGUAUCCGGACUGGGCACAAAAAUCUUAAACGAGCACAAAUAUGUCUUAAUUCUGGGCAUAAAAAAAUCUUCGUUCAUUAUUCUUUAGCUGAGCAUGAUCUAUGAUAUGGGUCCGAAGUUCUUGCUUCUAAUCAAAUAAUGCUGAUUGUUUAUCGGUUCAGAUUAUUUUAUCAUUGAAAGUAUUAUCAUAACGAAUCAAAUUAGGAUUAUCAUGAUGCUUUUUGAAAACUUUAUGAUGCAAUGAUCUGUCUACUUUGAAAUUUUCACGUUAUUCAGUGAUAACCUUGUAUAAAUCAAAUCCUCAUGCCUACUGGGAAUUCUAAGUGGUGUGAUCAUUCAGUUUUCCUUAUAAGCUCAACUAUAUUUAGAAUUAACUGAACAAUUUGUGGAAUCUUUAAAUAAUGUGUGUAUACCGUUUGGCAUGAAAUUAGAAUAUCCAGAAAUGAUUCAGUUACAAAACGAUCGUCCUGAAACAUAUAUGGGAGUGUUAAAAAAUAAAGUACAGAGAAAUACCGAUUUAGCCGUUUGUAUGUUACCAAAUAAUCGAAAAGACCGAUAUGAUGCGUUGAAAAAAUAUUUGUGUUUGGAUGUACCCGUUCCAUCACAAAUGGUGUUAUCCAAAACAGUUGCCAAACGUGGUCAACUAAUGUCUGUGGCCACUAAAAUUGGUAUUCAAAUCAACGCAAAACUGGGUGGUGAAAUAUGGUCGGUAACGAUUCCGUCUAAAACAAUGAUAAUCAUUGGUUUGGAUACAUAUAAAGAUUCGAAACAACGAAACUCACGCGUAUCAGCAUUUGUCGCAUCAACAAAUCCAACAUGUACAAGAUUUUAUUCAAGAAUUAUUUAUGAAAAUACACCUGAACAAUUAUUUAAUGGAAUUGUUGAAUGUAUGCAUGUUACAAAUCAAAAUUGGUUCGAUUUUUAUUUAAUUUCUCAAUGUGCUCGACAGGGUACAGUUGCACCAACACAUUACAAUGUUGUUUGGAAUAGUACAAAUCUUAAAGCCGAACAUUUUCAACGUUUAACAUUUAAAUUAUGUCACUUGUAUUAUAAUUGGCCAGGUACAAUUCGUAUUCCUGCUGUUUGUCAAUAUGCAUUCAAACUGGCAUUUUUGGUAUCGCAAUCAUUACACGAAGAUUUCGAUUAUUCUUUAGCAGAUAAAUUAUUUUAUUUAUAA